AUGCUCAGAACUUUAAUCACUAAAAGAUUUGCGAGUACGGGAGCCUACCAUGGUGUUAAUCAAGUUUCUCUUCCCAAGAGGCCAUUGAGAAAGAUCCGUUUAGGUAAGGCCAGGCCUGCAAUUUACUACAAAUUUGACGUACAAGUAGAGCUCAGUGAUGGUAGUGUGAUCACACGCCGUUCUCAAUUCCCAAAGAAUGAAAUCAGGCUAAUCCAGGACCAGAGAAACUCUCCACUAUGGAAUCAAUCGAGAGAUGGUAUGGUAAUGAUGGAUGCAAACUCCAGUGGUAGAGUCGAUAAGUUUAAGCAGAAGUACGGAUCUGUAUAUAGUAUGGAGGAGCCUGCCCCUCAAACAAACUCCAAAUCUGCAAAGAAGACCGAAAAGACACCAGAAAGCAACACAGAAGAUGACUUCUGUAUGGAUGAUUACUUGUCUCUACUAAAUUCCAACGCUACACAGGUGCAAAAGGGUGGUAAGAUGGCUACUAAGAAAAGGGAUAAGAAAUAG